UGCACGUGACUAUAAUCACAUGACCAUCCCUUACUCCAACCUUAGGGCUCUAGCCCUCAAACAUGCGGCGCAAAGAAUAUUUCCCAAUGCGGCAACCGUGCAUCAAAAUUUUCAACAAGACCAUAAGUGAAAAGUCAUUUUUAGUGCAUAGUUAUUCUUACUACACAUAGACAUCAAAUAUGAAAUACUUAGCUGCCUACUUAUUAUUGGUUAACGCCGGUAACACCUCCCCAUCUGCCGCCGACAUCAAGACCGUCUUGGAAUCCGUCUCCAUUGAAGUCGAAGAAGAAAAGAUCACCCAAUUGUUGGCUGAAGUCGAAGGUAAGGACGUCGAAGAAUUGAUCGCUGAAGGUAACACCAAGUUGGCUUCCGUCCCAACCGGUGCUGCUGCUUCCUCUUCCGGUGCCGCUGCUGCUUCUUCUGGUGACGCUCCAGCUGAAGAAGCCGCCGCUGAAGAAGAAGAAGAAUCCGAUGACGACAUGGGUAUGGGUUUGUUCGAUUAGAUUAGUCCACUGCACUUCAUAUCAAAACCUUAAUAUAAAUCACGCGUAACA